AUAUUCAAAUCUGUCCCUGCUCAGCCACUAUUCGCUCAUGUUUACUUUAGGCAGGAGUGGCUCAGUCCCUGGUUAACCUUGACAUACAGAGGGAGGGAGAGAGAAGUGAAGCACAAAUAGGUAUGUGGCACCUCCACACACCUGAGAUGUGAGAAUCACAUUUUUACUGGUUGCCAAAGCCAUCUCUGCCAGUUUUGCACAAAAGUAACUCAACGUCUAGCUCAGUGUCUCGUUCUACCUCACGUCUUCUCCAUAUUGGUCUUUGCCUACAAGAGUUGAAGAUACUGUUCAGUGACGGACAAAUCAGACAUCAGACAAAGCAGGGUGACUGAUCGUUCCUGUUGGCUCCAUGGCAGAAAAUAAUUAUAGUUGGUGGAAGUUAACCUUCCUCCGAAAGAAAAAAUCAACUCCAAAGGUAUUGUAUGAAAGUCCAGAUAUUUAUGGAGUGGCCAAUGAUGAGAGUCUACAAGAGGGCAUGCCAGCAGAUGGGAGCAGUGGAAGCCGCAAUGAGCAGGAAUUCAAUGCUCGGCUAGAGAAAAUCGUGGACAAAAGCACCAAAGGGAAACAUGUCAAAGUUUCCAAUUCUGGACGCUUCAAAGAAAAGAAGAAAAUCAGGGCUACUUUGCCCGAAAACCCCAAUUUCUUUUCUGAUGGGGAACGGGAUGAAAAAUAAUGGCCAAGUGAAAGAGAUGCUUUUCAUAAGCCCUUUUUUGAGGACAUUUCUCAGCUGAAGAGAAGCUGAUAUUGACAGAUCAGGUUCAUUACAUUUGCUAAUGAAGUUAACGAGGGAGCCAUCUGAAACUCUAGGAUCGGGCCCUGAUUUUCACGUGAAGUUUCCCCAAAGGAUGAACAUUAUGUUUUAUUUUGUUUUCCUCUUUUUUAAUUUAAGAAAUAAACAGUGCAAGACUUGCAUUAAACACAGGCUUAUGAAGGACUUAUAAAUGAGAAAGGAAAAUUGAGAGGUAGAGCACAGAAGAGGGAACAUACACAGUACUGCUAAAUUCAGAUCAAUUACCCCUCCUUAGCUACCUUGUUAACCUUCUAAUCGGAGUAAAUAGAAAAUGUUUGUUUUACCUCUCAGGCCUGCCCAGCUCUUGGCACACUUGGGCAGCUGCUCCAAUAGGCCUCAUUGGUACUGGCACCUGCUUUCGUCUUCCUACCUCCUCCCUGCUGUAAGCUUUCUUAUCAACAACAGUUGAAUCUAAUCAUCACUGAAAAUUAUCCAAACAUUCACCUUAUAUAGUUUUAUUCUACGUCAUGAUAGAAAAUUUAGAUAGGAAGUGUUUUUUUUAUCAAUUAAGUUGCUUCUUAUAGGUAAGCUAUGGUGGUCUUUUAGAUAUCAAUAACUAAGGCCAAUCAAUCUGAUGUCAGUACAUGCAAAGAUUCUACAGCAGAUCAUACAAAUCUUUAUUUUUAAGAAACUUGAAAACAAUCUGAUAAUUACCAGCAGUCAGCAUGACGUGUCAAAAAUAGAUCUUGCCAAAUGAACUUAAACAAUGGUUUUGUUUGGAUAGAAUCCUUAGAUUGAGGGAAUGCUGGAGAUGUAAUUUAACUUAAUUUCAGAAAAGCACUUUACAAAACAGCCCGUAUUCUGCUUUGUAUGCUACUUGAGUGUGAGCGGGAUGGGCGACUACACACCUGACUCAAAAAUUUAGCUCAGAGUACUAAUAAGUGGUUCCUUAUAAAAUUGGAAUAAGGUACUGUAGGAAGAAAAAUCCAGUCUGGUUCUAAGCCAGGAGAAUGGCACUGGAAAUAAAAUGGAGGCUGACUGGCUGCAAGGAAAGGUUUAUUUGGUUUCCAGAACCUUCAGUGACAACAGCAAUGUUUCUGGGUUGGCUGACCCCUUAGCUGGGUGAAUGGAUGGACCUUUAUAGGGUUCUGGGAUAUUGUGAUUAAGAUGCUCUAGGCUAGGGGGGUUGGGUAAUGUAGUGUCUUUUGCUAUUCUAAUGAUGGUGGGUUAAUCCUAAAGGUCAUGUCCUGUCUUUAGAAUUUGAAUGGGGAAUGUAAAUUCUUAAUCCGAUCAGCUAUAAGGGCAGAAGGUGUUUUGUUUAUGAAUAGAUUGGCCCAGUCUUUCUUAAUAGGCACAAAAUAUCCAUCUCUAAAGACUUGAGACUUCUGCUUGAGGCUAUUAAGAAAGACUGGAGCUAUUUUUUGCCUUUGUUAAGAUUUUUUUUUCUGCAUUUCUUCCUUGGGGAAAUAUAAUAUUCUGCCUCUUUUUAAUAUUAAAAAUACAGAAUAUUUUAAUUUGGGGAGGGAGGGCUUCCUACAGUACCAUGUGGGUGGGGUCAAUAUCCUAGGUCCGUGAUGGCAAACCUAUGGCACACAUGCCAGAGGUGACACACAGAGUCCUCUCUGUGGUCAUUCACACCAUCGCCCCAGCUCAGCCAGCUGGUCGUCGGAUUUCCAAGGCGUGCAUGUGCAUCGGCCAACUGGUUAUCGGGUUUCCGGUGCUCUGGCGUGCAUGUGCAGGCGUGCCUGCGGGCAUGCACCUUCUGGUUUUGGCACUCUGUGCCUAAAAGGUUCACCAUCACUGUCCUAGGUCCUAAAUUCUGAAACAUCAUUUAUUACUUGGAUAAAGAGACGAAGGGAAUGCUUUCCUGAAUUUGCUGAUGAUAUAAAACUGGAUAGGAUAUCUUUCAGAACGGAAAUAAAAUUUAGUAGUUUUUAUAAAAGAAAUGGAAUAAAAAUAUAAAUAUUAUUUAAGAGAGAUGAUUGCAAAAUUAUUUUCUAAGGAAACAAAAAUUCUAUGGACAAAUUGCAGUACUAAUAAAUUAAAAACUGAAUAUGGGAUUUGGGUCAAUAAUGUGAUAUGCUUGAGGGGAGGAAAAAACCAAAACCAAAAGGCAAAUAUAAUUUUAGGUAGCAUAUACAGAAAUACAGUUUUUAAAUAAAAAUUCUACCUGCCCUUUGUUCUGCAUUUGAUAUGACCACUCUACCUUGAAUACCAUGACUAGUUUUGGGUUCUGAUUCAGGCAAUCUUUAACAUUUUAAAGUAUAGCAAUGAGGAUAACAGGUGGCUGAGAAGUGAGAUAUAAUCAGUGAUUUUCAAACUAUUAGACAUGUGGACUUCAGCUCCCAGAAUGGACUUGGUAUAUUUGCGAAUUCUGGGAGUUGAAGUCCAUACAUCAUGAAGUUGCCAAAUUUGAAAAACACUGGAUUAAAUGAAGAGGGAUGGUUAUCUUUGAGAAGAGACCAACAAGAGCUAUGAUUAUGUUUUUCAAAUACUUGACAGCAUGUAACAUUAAAUAGGGAACUGAAUAAUGGAUUUAAAUUACAGGAACAGAGAUUCUGAUUGAAUAUGUAUGAGAGAAAAAAUUACUUCUGAAUUGUAAGUGCUGUUUGACAGUGGAACCAUUACUCAGAGACGUAGUGCCUCCCCUUUGUUGGAUGCCUUCAGGUGAAGAUUAGAUAAAUGAUCUAUCAGAUGAAGAUUAGAGAAAAUCAUCUAUAAUUGGAACAAUGGACUGGAACCUGUUGGCUUAAUAGCACCUAUCAUAGUAUGGCUCUUGAACUUUAUGUGGACAGCAUCAUUUUACCAAUUUACUAAAAAGCAAAGGAGAUUCUUUUAGUGAUUUUUAGUAUAGUCUUCGACUUAUGACAUACUACAUAAUGAAGCCUGUUCAUAAUGUCAUUGACAGUCAUUUAGCAGGUUGAUCAUAUAACCAAUACAAAUUUACAACUUUUUUUGUGGCAAUCAUUAAACAAACAUCAUGGUCAUUAAGUAAAUCAAUGGUUUUCUAUGGGCUCAUUUAGAAGUAAAUGAGAGUGGAGGUUCUUUCUCUGAGUUUGAGGGUUGGUUUCGUUACCAGGCUAGGUAACAUCUUCAGCAGAGUUUAUGGAAUUCCCUAAAUUUCACUAAAGAAGUUACCUAGCCUGGCAAUGAAACAUUUGGAAGCCAAUCCACAAGCUCAGAGAAAGAACCUCCACCCUCACAUUCCAUCCAAGCUACAGAUAUUCAUCACCAAAAGUAAAUGCUGGUUUUCAGCAAAAUUAUCAUAAAACGUAAUUAUAUGACUCUAAGAUCCUAGAAACAUAAAUGGGGCCAAGCUGUUGAGCACCCAAAGUUCUAUCACAUGAUUGUUGGAACUUUGAAUCCAGGUCGUACAUAGCCCUGAGGUAGGUCCAUUAUAACUUUGAAUGAUCACUAAGCUACUGAUCAUAAGUCAAGGGCAACCUGUACUUAAUUAUGUUUUCUGGUACACGAGCUGUCUAAGUGUGAAGUCCACAAACCCAGUUGUUCAAUCCAUAUUGUGCACUGCAAUGUAUAUACAAUGCUAUUUAUGUUUUGUAUCCCUAACAAAAAAAGAGGGAUACUGAUUUUAAUGCAGGCCAACAAAUAAGUAGUGUCAUGGGGAUACUGGUCCCCAAAAUAUUUGAACUUGCACUCAAAUAAAAUGGGGUGAAACUGUGGCCACACUUUUAUGUUCCCAAGGCCAGUGUUUUUGUAAGACAAAAUGAUGGCUUGCCUCAAACAAUAGCCAGGUUUCAUAUAACCCACUAAGUGAUGUGAUUGUUUUAACACAAUCUCUGAACCAAGACACAAUAACUUAUAAACCAUGCUUUAUAGUACAAAAUCAACCAGUAGGCGUUUAUUCAAUAACUAUGGCUUAAUACAAUAUAUGAAUCACUAUGAGAUUAAGAUUAGUAGUAGGAUCUCUUAAGAGGGCAGAUAUAUGGUUUCAUUUUAUUUAUUAAUCACAUUUACAGAGAAAUGAGAUACUGUUUUGGGAUCCCACUAAACUUGUCUGCUGUCCUAUAUUAUGAUGAAAUUUGCUAUUCUUCCUCCAGCUUUGAAGUAAAAAUUUAACUGUAAAACCUAUUGGAUCUAGUCUAUAAACAGGGAAGAGAAGGCUCUUAUGCUCUGCAUCAGGUGGGGAAAAUGCUGGAUUUGUCCUGCAGAAUUACAUGGAUCAGAUACAAAUCACCAUCCUGAUAUCAAUGUAUAAAUAAUAUUCAUAUUUAAGAUGCAUUAGCUUCUCAUAUUAUUUUUUAUUCAGACAAUGCUCUAUAUUGGAACAGAUCCAAAUGUGACUCAACAGAUUAUCAGGGAUUUAUAUCAACACCACAUGAAAAAAAGCCAGCUAAAAAGGGAACUGUAAUAGGUGAAUUGGUGCCCCAUUAAAAUUCCCCUAACUUUGACUACAAAGUUCUCUUUUAUGAUCUUCAGUUUUCUUCUAGUGCAGCAUUACAUUAUUUUAAGCUGUUAAAAUAUUCCAUUGUUUUAACAUUUCUGAUUUACUGGCUGUGGAAUUCUUGGAGUUGAAGUCCACUAAAACACUGGUAUAUAGCAAGUUCCCCUCCAGCUCAAACUGAACAGUAAUCUCCAUGUAAAAAGAUUUCGUCCUCCUCUAAAGUAUAAUGUAUUUUAUUAACUUCAUCAAAGACUACUUUUGCAAAUCUUUCCUAAUUUUUUACCACAGUAUGUCCAAGGUUGAAUAGCUUAUGUGGGUUUUUUUUUCCUGUUGUGGCAGUGAAAAUUCUGAGGUGAGUGGGUUGGUGUUGGACUGGCUGUUCCUUCUCAGAAGAAUUAUACAGAAAGUUAAUAGGAACUUUAUAUUGUAAUUCAUUUGCUAUAUUCCAGAAAGGGUGUUGUUAAAUAUAAGGAAACAAAAAUAGCUUACUUCUUUGUUUUUGUUUCUCUCAGUCUGUAACUCAAAACUUUUUAACACUACUUAGAAUAACUUCUUCAGAAUUUCCCCAAUAUCUCUUGUUAGGUAAGAAUCAGCAAGAAUAAUAUUUGAAAAGAAGAUUUGAACAUUUUCCCAUGCAUUUAUAAAUUCAGCCUCAAUGUUUAUUUUUAUUCCAUAUUCACAUCUGAAAUUCCAUCCGCUAUGAGUCAUUUCAAUAAUGGCAAACAUUAAUUUGCCUCUGAUUUUGUAAUUCUGAUCUACUAAAUCAGCAGAAAUGCCUUUAAAAUAUUUGCUUGCUUCAUAUGUUCAAGGUUGUUCUUUUCCCACAUUUACUGCAAUAACCUUCAGGCUAUUUCCUUUCAAAUUUGUCUAGCAAGCCACAUGAACUUUAGCUGCCAAGAACUACUGGUACAUUAAUAACUCAUCCAUCAACCUCAUUUUGUGCUUGUAAAAAUUACAAUUUUGAUAAACUUUGAACAGCAGUUUUGUUGAACUCUGUAACAGUUUCUCUUGUGAUCUAGCAAAAAUCACCUGCUAUGUAAUUUAUUCCAAUUGUCCUAAAUUGGAUUUAUUAAGCAAACAAUUAAAAAAUGACCUAUUUCAUCAGAAUUAUUAAUGCAAACUCCAAAAUCAGCUGUUUUUUCCAAUAAAAGGGAAUGUCUGUACCUCGGGUUCAAAUGAAAGGUCCUUGGUGCUCUCUGAGCUUGGUUAUUUUCUUGCAGAUGUUUCAUUACCAAACCAUAACAUUAUCAGUGCUAGUUGGGAGUGGGGUGUGCUCUCAAUUUAUAUUCUACUGACUUGCCCUGCCAAACCAUUGGUGGGGGUUUUUUGGGGGGGCUGUUUGGUGUUGGUUUGUUUCGAGGUUCUUUGAGUGGGAUAUUGUUCACUUCUUGACUGUUGAUCUGAUGUUAAUUUUGGUGUUAAUCUAUGCCCAUCUAGCCCUCAAUUGCUUUGGGGAUGUAUUUUGGUCUUUUUGCUCCUUUUUUUGGCCUAUUGAUUAUGCCUUUUGCACAGCAUGUAGAUGUUGUUGAAGUCUGUUGAUGGCUCAAUUUCCAGAAUGCCAGGCUUCCAGGAAUUCUCUAAUGUUUUUGGAUUUGGCUUGGUCUAGAAUGGUCACAAUUUCCAUGAAGAACUACUUUAGAUUUAAGAAAAUUAUAUGGAGAGACUCAGUACGAAAGCCCUUUGAUGUGGUGGUUAAGGUGCUGGAUUAGAACUGGAGAAACCCAGUUUUAAUCCUCUCUAAAAGCCAGCUUGGUGACCUUGGCCAGUCAUUUCUUUCAGCCCAAAACAGGGCUGGCUAUGACAAACUGGCUGAAAAACAAAACACCUACAAUAUUCAUCAGGUAUUGAUGACUUUGUUGUACAAACUGAGCAACUGUGGUACAAACAAGCAGACUCUGCAAUUGAGUGGGACAAACAUAAGAGAAGGAAGGGAAACAUAGUCAAGGAUGUCUACACUUAAUAUCAAGUCCUGCCUUAAGUUAUACUCCACAUGUCAAUAUUGCAUUUAUCUACAGGUGGUGAUACUUAAGCAAAUUUACCUGAUCUCAAAAACUUAAGCCAAGUUGGGCAUGGUUGGGAUUUCAACAGGAUAUUGCCAGGAAAUCCUAAACUGUAGGGAAAUUGAAGUGUGAAAUAAUUCCUGGAAGAGGGCAAGGGAAUCAUAUCCUGUAAUAGCUAUACAACUGGUUUGAUUCUUAUAACAAUGAAAGGGAAGAAAAUAUCAGUCUAAUUAAGAAUGUAUAGAGUGUUUUUCUGUGAACACAGGUCUCACAUUUCUGUCUGAAUUUUUCAGAAUUUCUCCACUGAGAAAUAGCAAGGGCUGUAUGUUUCUUACUGAGUUGGCAGGGGGUGGCAUGGCAUAGAGGGAUAGUGCUGAUGCUAAAAAAAUGAAAUGGAUUGUAUGGCAAGCAGAUGGCAGCAAAGAUAUUCUGUAGACUUUGCUACAUUCUGGUGGUUGUUUGGAUUUUGACAGCCCAAUUGUGGUCACCCUAAGCAUAAUUAUAAUCUAACUUUCACAAGUCUGCCAAAAUUUAAUGCAACAGAUUAAGCCAAGUGUUUUUAGGAGCAUGGUUUAUAGUUUAGCACAAUCUAGGAACCUUCCCUUUUAAGCAAUGACCUGCUGGCACUAAUUCUGUGUCACUAUAAUACAGGAGAUACUAGGUACCCAAGCUCCGGUCAUUUCUUAUGCUUUGUAAAAUAUGUUUUAAUUUGUUCACUCACUCAACUCUAACCAAAAGAGGCUACAUUUCCAUGCAGUAAAGAAUGAGGAUGGGCUCAUUCUGGGACAAAAUAAUCUCUUAUUUUGUAAAGGUUAAGAAGGAGAGUGGGAAAUAAAGGAAAUACAUUUCCCUUGGGGCAAACUUGGAUCCAGUAAAAAACUCAAGUCCAUACAAUGUAGUCUUUCUUCAUCCUGAAAUAUCCCUGCUUUAUUGCUCAUUCAUUUCAGAAAUUGAUGCACUGAGGUGUUUAAAAAUAGGCUCUUUAUGUAGCUAUUCCUGUUUUGAAUCAGUGCUUAUAAAGGAACCUAUUCACUUGCAUAGGGAAUUAUCUUCCUACUUAUUUCCCUUCUCUAUUUUGAUCAAAAAGCAUCUAGGCUAUCAGCAAUAUGAUGCUUUUCAAUGGUCACGUUGGAUAAGGAUAAUGACAUUAUUUCUUGUUCAUUUACCGAAGACAGUGGUUUAGGCAAGCUUAUUUCACAGCCAUUUCUUAUCCUAAGAGAAGACAACUAUUAAGCUUCUGGAAGGUUUUCUUAGAAAGAAAAAUAAAAGCCACCAGUGACCAAUCCCUCAGUUAGAAUCAAGCCACUACCCCAAGGUCUGACAACUAUGUUUAACCAUGUAUUUACUUGAAAGGAAAUGCAUAGAGUCCCCACCUUAUCCACUACUGCCUGGCCAUUUACUUCUAAAAUUCUUGUAUUUUCUGAUACAUUGCACACAGAUUAGCUUUUUUGCUUUUCUUUUUCAAGGAGUGGGAAGAAUUGUCUUCAAUUAAAUUUAGAGUAAUCUUUCUUUCAUUCAUAAUAACACACAGUUAUGAAUCCUUUACGAAUCUAAAGUGUAUUAUUGUCCUUUGCAAUGGAUUCAGUCACUUAUAUUCAAGGCACCUGAUCUGAUUAAAAAUCUCCCACUCAGAUGUAAAAUGCCACCUGUGUUUCUGCUUCACAGAUCCAGUUACACAGGGAUACAAUAACUCAAGGGCAAAUGGGAUCUUUAUACCACAUGUCACUGUUUUUUAACUGUAAUUUUACAUUUUAAACCUAAUCUUGUAAAGUUGAGUUUCACUCCAAAGUUGUCUUGUUAAGCAGACAUUUAGUGAUGAAGAAUUCUACAGUCAAAAUCCAAGACAGAUUGAAUUUCCAAGUGGCAUAAAUUAAAACAAGAUUCCUCCUCCCUAUCAAAAUAAGAUUUUUAAAAAAAAAAAAUCUGUCAAAUUUCAUGACAAUAGGGUUGAAGGUCAUUAGUUGGGCUUUUAAAGAUUGCUUUUUCUUUUGAAUUGCAUCUAAUCCCAUCAACUAUCAAGAAAGGGGUGGAAAGCAUUAAAUACCCCAAGUUAUAGAAUCCAGUUUGAAGAGCCUAUUCAUGCCAUUCGAUUAGUCUACAUCCUUGCCCAAAAUGUAGUACCAUCUCCCAACCCAUAAUUGAAAUCUUUCUUUCCAAAAUAGGACUCCCUUGGUAUAGAGCAGAGGUAUGGACUUCAUCUCCUAGGAUUCCACAGUUAACCAUUCUGGGAGUUGAAGUCCACAUACAGAGGCUCUGAGAUUUGGGUGGAUAAGUGAUAAAAUUGUUUUUUUUUUUAAAGGGAUUCAAAAGAGAAUGGGGAAACCUAUUACAUUUAAUUGGGGGGAAAUCUCAUCUGGUUUUUUUGUGGGGAAGAUAUAUUGGAUUUGGAGAUUGGAUUUAUUGUAUUUAAUCAAUCAGCAAUUGAAAAGAAAUGGCAUUAAGAAAUGUGGGUAUUUGAUCCAGGACCAAUUAGGUUUAAUUAUUUUGGGAUGAUUUUGGAUUGAAGAACAUGGUAAAUUUUCUACAAGUCAAUUAUAUUGACAGUUUGUUAACAGAGUUUUGGAAUUUUAAAUUGUCUUUUUUUCAUUAUUAUUAAUAAUCUUUAUUAUUUUUUAUAUUUCUAUAUAUUAUUAUUAUUAUUAUUACUAUUGCUUUUCAUCUACUUUGUUAUUGAUAUAGUAUAUAGAUGAUAGGCUAACAAUUUGUAAACAGAUUUAAUAGUUGGGUAAUUUAAAAUUCUUUUGGCCUUUUUGUAAGUGGUAGGAGAUUAAUAUUGUUGUAUUAUAUUAAUCAGCAUUCAGCUAGGGAGGAUAUUAUGUGUAAAUAUGUUAAUUUUUUUUUCAAGACACUUUUUAAAUGUUUGUUGUGUUUUUUCUUUUUUGUUUUGGUGUUUUGUAUUUUAACUUUUCUUGAAUAAACUAAAUUCUAUUCUUAAA